UACCCUUGGAAGGAAUUAUCUUGGUUCAGUAUAAUUCUGUAAAUAGGAUUAUGCCCCCUGGUGUAGAGUGAAGGGGUUUUGAUUUGCUGAAUUGUAAGAGACCAGACCCAGCCCAGGUCUCAGCUAGCGAUUUAGAGAGCGAAUCGAAUGGAUGCUAAAGCCAAGAACAAGGCGCUGUUUCGUGCCAAAUUGAAUGCCCAGAAGAAGGAAAAGCGCAUAAACUCUCCCCUUGUACGGUAUAAUGAUUCUGACCAGCCUGUAUGCAAGAUUUGUGACAUUGUUUUGAAAUCUGAAUCCGUUUGGGACGCACAUCAACUCUCUCGUAAACAUAAAGAGGCAAUAAUUAACCUCAGAGCUACAGCAGGUGGAGUAAACCAAAUAAACAGUGCAACUACUGAAGCUCAUUCAGAAUUGUCUAAACCUAACCAUGGACAUUCUUUGGAGUUGGAGGACCCUAAACCUGAGCGCUCUGCCGAGUUGCUUAGACCUCAGACGUCUUCUGGGCUUCCUCCGGGUUUUUUUGAUAACCAGCCACAAAAGCGAAGUACAGGAACGGACUCUUACACAUCAGUGGAGACUGAUUCAUACAAAAAGAUGCAGAACAGAAGUGUUGAGCCUUCUGGGGACCUUACAAAGGCAGCGUCACAGAUUUCCAGUCCACAAGCUAAGCAAAUGAAGGGAGCUCUUCCUGAAGGCUUCUUUGAUAACAAGGAGGCGGAUUUAUCUGCACGCGGAAUAAAGCUUGUCAAGCCAGAUGUCAAAGAUGAGUACAAAGAAUUUGAGAAGUUGAUUCAAGAGGACUUGAAGGAGGUUGACAAUCGUUUAGAAGAGGAGGAGAUUGAUGCAGCUGAAAUGAUAGAAGAGGCCGAAUCUGUAGAGCAAAAAACAUAUAGGGAGAAAGUGAAAUUGAUGAGAAAGAAGAGAAUGGAGUUGAAGGCUGCCAAUGCUGCCAAGCGUAGAAAAGCUUCGGAAUUUGACAAGAAGGAGGAGCCCAGUCAUGAAGAGUCAUCUAGUGAUGGUGACAGUGAUGAGAAUUUUGCAGUGGAUUGGAGAGCUCAACAUUUGUGAAGGCUCUUGUGGAAAUAUUUCUCCUGUAGGAUCGGUUCUAGACAUGUUUAGAACAUCAAAAAUGUAAUGUGCCGAGUGAUGUGUUUUGAAAUCCUUGUGCUACUGUAUGUCUAAUUGCGAUUUGCCAAUUUGGUAUACAUGCAUAAGCUGUUGCGAAAAGUGGAAGCAUUGUGAGGCUUCGUGAACUGAAAAACUAAAUGUAACAUUUGAGGUCUGCCUGCAAUGUUCAGUCCUUUUCUAGGCGAUAUUCUCGGUUACAAUGCUACAGAUUCAAUUUCUCU